AUGGGUGAUUGGAGUGCAUUGCCCCAGGAAUUGUUGGGUUUAAUCUUCAUUCGGCUGCGACAUGCUGCAGAUAUAAUUCGGUUUGGAGCAGUUUGUACGUCAUGGAAUUUUGUAGCCAUGGAAGCAAAACAACUUCACCUCAAGCCUCUAAGUCCCAUGUUGCUGCUGCCUCCUAAUGCACAGAAUGAAGCCCACAACCUCCUCGACUUUUCUACCCAUAAGGCUUGUAAAAUUGAGCUUCCAGAAACUGAAGGUGCAUGGUGUUCCACUUCAUGGAAGGGCUGGUUAUUGACAAUAAAUUUCAGUUUCCCUUAUGCAUUGAACCUUCUAAAUCCCAUAUCAAGAUUGCAAAUUCAACUGCCUCCGGCAACCAUGUUUGAAGAUGCCCAUUCUGAAACAGAGGAUACGUCCAUACCCACGGAAUGUUUCAUAAGUAAGAUGGUGGCAUCUUCCUCUCCUUCGGACCCGAAUUGCAUCAUUAUGGUUAUUCAUAGUAUGUGGAAUAAAUUGGCCUUCUGUAAACCAGGUAACAGGGAGUGGAAAACCUUGAAGAGCGGAAUAUAUCAUUUUCAGGACAUCAUAUUUUACAAGGGUAACUUCUAUGCCACAGCAAAGCAAGAAGUUGGAAUCGUCCAAUGCGACCUUGGUCCGGAGCCCAAGGUUACUCCAUUUGCACCACCUGUGUGGGUCCGUUCUCUUGAAAACAAAUAUUUGGUGGAGUCAUGUGGAGAAUUGUUGCAAGUAUCAAGGUUUUUGCAUUAUGAUGAUGAUCGUGAUGAGAUGUCACCUUAUAACACCAUAAUAUUUGAGGUAUUUAAGUUGGACUUUAACACAAGGACGUGGAUAAAGGUCGAGAACUUGGGUGAUAAUUCACUAUUUUUGGGUCAUAGUGGGACUUUUUCAAUUUCUACUCAAGACUUGCUGGAAUUUAAAAAGAAUUGCAUUUACUUUCUGGACGAUUAUUUAACCGCUUAUUAUCUGAGUGAGUUUCCACAAGGUUGCACUGACAUGGGAGUUUUUAAUCUGGAAACUCGAAUGGUAGAACCAGCUUUUCCAACUACUCAAGUAUGGAGAACUCCGCUAUUUUGGAUCAUACCGGAUUUGUUUAAGGGUGAAUUUCUUAUUUCACAUUGA